UUUUCAGGUGGUAAUUAAAAGCGCGAGGGAAUGCCGCCCAAAUCAUCCAUCUAUUUUAUUUUGAUAAAUUUGAUUUCGAGAGAGCCCCAAUCUCUGGCUUUUUGGCGACAACAUGGGACCGGCGAGAGAGGACACACCCCUUCUCGGGAAGGAAAGACCCUUGUCCAGCCAGUUCAAGACUUUCGCCAAUGUCUUUAUUGCUAUCGUCGGGGCUGGGGUUCUGGGUCUUCCUUACGCCUUCAAGCGUACCGGAUGGCUCAUGGGUGUGCUCACGCUCUUCUCCGUAGCGGCUUUGAUCACCCACUGCAUGAUGCUUCUCGUUCACAUCCGCCGCAAGCUCGGUGCCGCCAACAUCGGCUCUUUCGGAGACCUUGGUUUUGCAGUCUGCGGCCCACUCGGGAGGUUCCUCGUUGACAUUCUUAUCAUCUUGUCCCAGGCUGGCUUCUGUGUCGGAUAUCUCAUCUUUAUCGGUACUACUUUAGCUAAUCUCUUCAACCCAACCACCACUCUGACCCUGAGACACGUGUCCCCUAAGAGUCUCUACAUAUGGGGAUGUUUUCCUUUUCAGCUGGGCUUGAACUCCGUCAAGACGCUCACUCACUUGGCACCUCUAAGCAUAUUCGCCGACGUGGUUGAUCUUGGCGCAAUGGCGGUGGUGAUUGUGGAGGAUGUCAAGAUUGCAGUGGAGCAAAGGCCUGACGUGGUUGCCUUUGGUGGUAUGUCAGUUUUCUUCUAUGGGAUGGGAGUGGCUGUCUACGCCUUCGAAGGUGUGGGGAUGGUUUUACCCCUCGAAUCGGAGAUGAAGGACAAGGAAAAGUUUGGCAAAGUGUUGGCGCUCAGCAUGGGAAUCAUCGCGUUGAUUUUCGGAGCUUUCGGUGUGUUAGGUUACAUGGCCUUUGGGGAUGAAACAAUGGACAUAAUCACAGCCAACUUGGGGCCAGGACUGGUGAGCAGCCUGGUGAAGCUGGGACUCUGCAUCAACCUCUUCUUCACCUUCCCCUUGAUGAUGAACCCUGUGUUUGAGAUCGUUGAGAGACGUUUUUGGAGUGGUAUGUACUGCGUGUGGCUCAGAUGGCUACUCGUCUUAGCAGUGACCCUGGUGGCUCUCUUGGUGCCAAACUUUGCAGAUUUUUUGUCAUUGGUGGGCAGCAGCGUCUGCUGUGCGUUGGGCUUCGUGUUGCCUGCUUUGUUUCAUCUGAUGGUCUUCAAAGACGAAAUAGGGUGGAAGCAACAGACUUUCAACUCUGGGAUCGUGCUACUGGGCCUCGUUCUAGCUGUCUCAGGUACUUGGAGCUCCCUGAGCGAGAUAUUCAACUGGAACUAGAGUUUGUAGGUAGGUGAAAAGAGACUGAACGUUGCUGUUUCUUUUCUGCCCAUUUUGUCUUCUUUUGUUCGAAUCUUUUUCUACUUUUCAAUCAAGAGAUUUCCAGAA